UCUCGCCCAAAAUCUGCUCCUUGAUUGGCCCAUGGGAGCAAAACGCUUCGCAGACAUUUGGAUCAGAUGGAAGAUGUUUUUGACGGAGCACUGCUGAACCACUUGGCUUUUCGGCAGCAGUGCUUCGUCGCGGACAAGCAGCUGGUCCAAGGGGAGCCACUGCUGGCGGUACCCUUGUCGAAGUGCUGGACUGCGAAGACUGCCCGGUCCUGCGCCAAACUGUCGGAGUUGCUGGAUGCUGACUCACCGGACUCUACGUGGUUGGCUCUCCAUGUAUUGCUGGUUGCACAAAACCAGGCCGAUCCAAAGCUGCAGGAGCAGCUGCAGCUGCUGAACAGCACGGUCACAGGUUUGCUUCAGUGGGAAGAGACUGAGCUUUCCUUAUUACAUGGCAGCCGCUGGUCGCACGUUGCGCAGCAAGGCCGCGAGGAGAUUCAUUCAGAGCUUGGAGAACUCUGCGGUGUUGUUGGUGAAGAGAAACUUCGAGAGCUGGGCGUUACACCGCAGGGAUACCUUUGGGCACAGGCUGCUUUGCAGCAAUGCUUGCUCCGAUUCCUUGGUGACGACGGCAAUUGUGUUGAGAUCUUCAUGCCGUUUCUAACGCUGCUCGAGCCAGAUGCCAGCUAUGAAUUGCCUCAAACAGCAGCAGACUGUGCUCGGCUGGAGUUUCUGGAUGGGCAGGAGCCAUUGCUGGUAUUCUACGCCCCAAUCGGGUUUGAUGCUGGGGCACAAGUGUGCGUGUGCCAUGGUGGUCUCGCUGGCGGUAGUGGCCGCCUGUUGAUGGAGCGCGGUCGCGUUUGGGUGGGCAAUCCGUGGGAGUAUGUGGAAUUUGCCCUGACGCUGCCAGUCUCGGCUGAGAAGAUCGCAGAGGCAUCUCAAAAGGUGGCCGCUUUGGCACUUCCAGCGCCCAAAGCUGGGGAGUUCCUGGCGCCUGAGCUGCUUGAAGGCUGGGAGCCUGCACAGUUGGAGGAGGACCAACUGCAGCUGAACAUCAGGGUCUCACAGCAGCGGCCGUUCCCAUGGCCAGAGCUGGAGCUUUUGCAGGUGGUCCUGGGUGAUGCCAACCGUGCUCGGCAAGUGCUGCGGCAUGGCCUGCUUUCCAUCCAGAAGGGUUGUGGUGGCUAUGGUGCUUCUGCACCCUUUGCAACAAGCUGCAGUGUGGCGCAACAGCGACGUGAGGCAGCGAGGCUUUUGAUGGAGGAGGAGAAGCGGUUGGUGGGCCUGGGGCUGGAGGUGCUGGAGGCGCCUCCUGUGGAGACGGUUCAAGCCGACUUCCCUGAGACUGCUUUGCAACGGCUGCAAGGCUGCGUGGCUUCGUUGACACGGCUGUCAGCGUGCUUCAAGAACCCGGCUGAGGAAGACAAGGCUUCAAAACUCUUAGAACUCAACGCCUUGCGUGCUUGCCUUGCAGGCCUUCCAGACAACCCAGAAUCUGCACCCACAAUACCUUUGGUUCACACAGCGGACCCGUUGCUGAGAGCUUACGGCGAGGCUACCACUGCAAUUCUGGGGGCGCGCCUUGCUGCUUGCGAAUGGGAAAUUUCAUCGCUGGCAGAUGGAACUCAACCUAUCCUUUUGGCAGGUGUGUUGGGGGAGGCAGCUGCUCUCCAGAUUAAGAUGCUCAACUUUGAAGAUGCUUAUGGGAAACUUUCAUUGUGUCUUCGGUUGAAGCCUUCUGAUGUGGCAACAAGGCUGAAACUGGAUUGUGCAUUGGCCCUUGCCUGUCGGCGCGAACUUUGCUGCCUUUCUGAGGGCAUCUCAUGGGACGACCUUGCUGAUGCAGGUAAACUAUUGAAAGAGCGAUUGGAACAUUAUGGCUACACAGCUGCGAACCUGCCUCAGGCUGCUGGUGUCCCUUCUGUGCUCCACCUGGUCUCAAACAGAGCUGAUGCACUGGAAGCAACGCUAAAGGAGAAGGCCGACAUGCCCUUGAAAGAGCUGAUCCGGCUCUUCCUCUUACGACGUGUUUUGCCUUUGGAGCAGAGCAUUGAGUUGCUGGGUGCCGUGGUGAUCUCAACCCUGCUCCGUCUACGAGCUCUUUGUUGCCUUGAAAGCGACUUUCAUCUAGUCAAUCCGGAAGACGCUGUCAAAGUCAUCGAAGAAUUGGAGGGAAAGACAGGUGAAAAACGAGGUUUCAAGAUCUUCUCGGCAGUGGCCUGGUGGCCAGUGGAAGAUUUGCUGAUUGCAACGGAUUAUGGAGACACACAGCAUGCUGCAGGCGAAUUUGAACCAGUAAUGUAUUUGUCCUUGGACUCGUACGCUCUCAUUUCUGCUUGUCCACGUGAUGCCGUGGAAAACGUUCUGGAUAUGUGCUGCGGGAGUGGCGUCCAGGGCCUUGUGGCAUUGCGCCACUAUGCCAGACAGGCAACGUUUCUGGACGUGAACCCACGCGCUCUAGCGUUCAGCCGCUUCAAUGCUGCUCUCAAUGGCCUUCAUGAGCGAUGCAGCUUUGUGGAAGGAAGCGUCCAUGAGGAUUUCUUGCGUCACAUGGGGGCGAAGAAGUUUGAGGUUAUCCUAGCAAACCCUCCUUUCGUGCCGAACCCGGAUGGAACAGCUUCUGCUGCAGGGCCACUCUACUCUGGAGGGGGUCAUGAUGGUGAGGAGGUGCACAAGAUAUCGCUGCAGAAGGGCUUGACGCUGCUGGCAGCUGGAGGGCGGUUUUGCAGCGUGGCAGAGGUGCCAAACCCAGAGAGCUUCCCAGAGCGUGUGAAGGAAUGGGUCUACCAGGCUGGGCAACCGACAGGGUCCAUUCAGAUUUUCACCGGCAAGACCAUAGCCGCGGAAGAGUAUUGGAAAGCAGCCACUCAGGAGCGGUCAGCACUGGAAUGGAAUCGCUAUUUGAGUGGUUUGCGGCGCCUGGGGGUGAGCAGAGUUGCAGAGGCUCUGGUCUUCCUACUCCAGGAUGGCUCUCCGCUCAGCGUGGAUGUCAUCACUCGCUCCGCACUCUGGCAAGACAGUGAGUAUUUGCAAACCCACGUCGCUCACUGCAUGGCCUCGUGAGAUGGUCCCGCGAAUGUCCUCGCUGAUGCGAAUUGAGAGCUCAGACCACCUCAGAGUAUUUGAGAGAUCGUGAGAUUCGUGAGUUCGAUGACCUGGGCCUGGACAAGAUUUGGCACAUCUUCCCCACGAAGCCUGCCACGAGCCCUUCCCGGCCUCGUUUGCGGUUGUGAGGUGCCAUUGAUGGACAUGGCGGAACAAACUGCAG